AUGCAGCCGUCGCGUGAGCUGCGGCCUCGGCGCGCGCUUCUCGCGUUGCUGCAGCAGUUGAACGACUGCGUGAGCACCUCAGCGCGUCGGGUGCUCACGCAGCAGAUCUCGACCGCAGACCUACUGCAGCUCUCCCUUUCGGAGCUCCAGCAGCUCCUCCCCGAGCUCUGCAUCUUUGUCGACUCGCUCUCGCCACGCUCGAAAGCGACGAACCAUGCAAUGAACAAUGCGGUCGAUGACCGUCGGCCGUUCUCGCUCCUACGACGCGCAUUCUAUCACCCGGACGCUCAAUGGCUCAGCCGCAGUGCACGACAGAGCGGCAUUUCGGCGCUGCUGUGCCAGCAACUCGUGCGACUGGCGAAACUCGAUGGGAAGCGUGACCAGCAGCGCCAAACCGACUGCGAGUGUGCGAUGGAUUUUGAGUCCAUGUCAAUGCUCGUGACGCAUGUGCUGCUGGACGCGCUGCUACUUCCGUGCGUUCAAAGACUCGGUCGAGCCCCGGACGCCUGUACAUGGCGUCCGUCGCAGCCCAAGCCGCGGUUCCAUGCCAUGACGUGCUUUCCCGUGUGGUCGACUUUGCUGCCAUUUGCUGCACAGAUGGCGAUUCGAUUUCCGAACGAGUUUGUACAGGUGCUCGAACGGCAGGUGGAGGUGGACAAGACACGCGCACGUCGCGUGCAUUGCGAGUUUGCGCUUGUAGCAGGCGCGUGGCGACUUGUCGACGAAAUGGAUCGAGGAGACAAGGAAAAGCAGCAAGCCGUAACUACAGUGAUGGAGAACGCCUUGAGAGUUGUGAGUGAUAAGCUACUGGCGUACACGAAUAUCGAAAAUGCAGGGAACAGAUUGCUUGGCUUGCACCUCGACGACCAGCUCUUGGAAAAGUUCUUUGCUGGAAUGCAAGACUUCUUGUGCAAAAGUGGACGAGCGGAUGCUGUGCUCAGGAAGGUACUUAUUGACGCCAUUCAAAGGGGGCUGGCUGCUGGCGCUGUAGAUGGGGUUGCAUCACAACAUGUUGCAAUUUUCACGAUCGCAGGGUGCAUGCUGGUGAAGGACCUUGCAGCAGCUGUGAUCUCAAUGGUUUUAGUGCAUAUCAAUGCCAUGAAAAGUCUUCAUUGUGCAGCUCGGCACCUGACGUUUGUGGUGGGGCUCUGUGCUCACGUUGAUCUGGUGCCUUUACGAUCGGUGCUGGAGGUCCUGGAACUGCUACUGACGUCGUACAAAGCCGUAGCUCAAACUACCCACGAUAUUGUAAAACAGCGACAGCGAAGUCUCGAGCUAGUUUUCUAUAUCAUGUAUGUGACGGUGCAUCGUUGCAAAAGUGUCAAUCGCUUACGCCAAGAGGUCAGUUCUGAUGCAGCUGCAGCGAUGGAGCGCGUGACGCAGUUUCAGAUGCAGCUGUGUAGUGAAAUAUCUUACGAAGACUUUUGCGUCGCAGCCCCAGUGUACUGGACGGCCCAUCUUUGGAAACACUGGGUCUUUCUAUCUGACGAAGAGAUUCAUUCGUUUGUGUCCGAAGCGCAAGAAAAGGACGCAAAUUGUGAAGAAGAUAUACAGAAACAAUUGGCAACGUGGCACGCGUGGGAGACGAAAUUAGGUGUUCGACCGUCUUUAUUUGCACAUUUUCCAUUGAUGAAAAUGUUCGUGACCCCGCAAUUGAUCUCGUCUACCCCACUUAUUGAACCGGCCGAUGAAAACGCAUUUGUCGUGCAAGCACGAAAGCGCCGACGAAUGAACAAAUUGCCCAAAGUUUCUGUGGAUCUUGAGCGAUUGGAGCGCUCUUUCGACGUGCUGCUACAACCAGACGCGUUGGAGCGUGUGUGCUCCUUUAUGAGUGCAAAACGGCUUUGCCGGAUGGCCCUUGUGUGUCGAACUUUUGCAGAAGUUAGCUGUCGUGCGUCGCUAUGGCGCCCACUUUACUUGCAACUCGGUCUCGCUACUCGUGACAAGCACAGUGCUCUACCUGCUUUGCCUGUCGAGUGCCGUCACGGCGACCGUUACGAGCACAAGUGGCGUAAAAUGUACCAGGAACGCUGGAAAGUACUGCGGAAGCUGCGCCGUACACAGCGCCGCGCGUUCACUGCAGGCCACAUCAGCGAAGGCCAAACGAACGGUAAUGAGAUUUUACCCUCGAGCAACAGCAACACGAGCAGCAGCUCUGCAUGUCUCCCGCUGAUCUGCUCGUAUUGCGGCUGCGACCAGGUGCUCAAGUCUGCACGCGAUUACGACGUCCAUAUGACUCAACACAAGCGUUUUACUUGCACAGAACUGUCGUGUCAAGCAUCGUUUACAAAAGUGCACAAGCUCAAACAGCACAUGAAGACGGCCCAUGCAAGUUCAAGUGCACCAUCUCGUCGUGUCGUCUGUGGCUACAACGGCUGCACGAAAAGCUACUUGUCCAUGAAGCGACUUGCUACACACUGCGAGGAAACGGGACAUUUGGCACCAAUAGUGUCGAUUGUGCCGACGCGUGAGUGA